AGCGUUCGGGGUAUCUGAGGGGACCAAAGGACCCUUCCGCCAUCUACCUCCCACAAGCACGCCGCCUCCCUGCGUCAUCGAGGCUGACCCCGAGAGUUCCACUCGCGGGUUGGAGUGUCCAUCGUUGUCCACGCAUGAACGAUCGAUCCGACAUUGACAUGGACGUUCGAGCUGAACAAAACGCGAACCAGAGACAAUCGUCCCUUCCUAGUAGCUACGCGAGUUCUGUCGGCCAAGUCAACGCCACCUUUCAUGUGCGAGGAGGCCACGCAGGAAGCGGGCACACUGCAUUGCCACAAGUACACACGGAUCACGACCGACUGGCUGUACGAGGACUUGGUUCGGGUUCGAUUGCAUCUCCUGCGACCGCUGCUCCUCGAUCGUUAUCAUGUACUUCGUCGUCCGGUAGUACCAACGUGUUGCUUGAAGUAUUGGGCGGCACUCCCCGCGGCAGCAGUGACGUCUCGCAGCAACAACGAUAUUCCAACCAAAAGAACUCCCAAACGUUCUUCCCGUCGACGGAAGGCAACGUCAAUGAAGAUGAAUCCAAGCCACGACACCCCACAUCAAGCCACCUUGCUGUCGACAACCAUGGCCACGGUAGCAGCGCCGCCAUGAUGAUGGUGUCUACAUCCACAAACCGCCGGAAGCGCGAACGAGACGUUUCCAUGCACUCCACGGAUAGCUACCUCUCCCACAACAUGUACGACACGGACGAAGAAAAAGUGCCCGUGAUUGACCCGUCCGAACGCGUGGAGCAUCGCAGUACGAAGAUCGUCCGCCGAGAAAUCGUCAUCGCCUCGCCUUCAGGCAUGGACGAUGACAACGACUGCUCAGCUGGUGGAGACGACCCCCGAACGAACAAGCUGGUGCUGCCGGAAACGCGACCACACCACCUCGGCUUUGAUGUGCAGCCCGUGGACAUCAUCUUGCACGUGUUUUCGUUCCUGGUCUACUCGGAUGACGUGUACCAGAUGCAGCUCGUGUCGAAGCGGUGGCGGGAGCUCACAAGCACGCCAAGUCUGUGGCGCAUGCUUCCAGACGUGACGGCCGACGGGAGCAUCAACUGGCUUAACUUCCGCAACCUCGGUAUCAAGAACAAAGGCACGGAAGGCACGUGUUAUCGGUGCUUUCAACGGAGCACGGGGCGGAUGCUCGCGAUGAAGCGAGCACGGGUCUUCCCCAAGGGGGAAGGUGUGCCGUACUACAUGUUGCGCGAACUUGCGGUGCUCCAGGGCAUCAAACACCCAAACAUUGCGUCGCUCGAGAUGAUCUCGCUCGCAAAUGACGAACUCCACGUGUUCUUUCCGUUUGUGGACAAGACCUUACACGAAAUUAUCAACCCGACGAGCGAUCCGAACGGCGGCCGCAUCCUGCCAGAGCAUCAAGUGCGGCGCUUUUUGCAUCAGCUGCUUGAUGCGAUUGCCCAUUGCCAUCGUCGAGGCGUGCUCCAUCGAAAUCUCAAGCCGAAACAUCUCCUCAUCGACACGGACUCGCCGGAUGAAUUAGGUACACUUGGCAACGUCGGUGCUGUGCAUGUUGAACGUGCCUGGCAGUCUCCUUGCAUUGUUUGGUUGAGCUGGCCUUCGUGGAUUGGGUACGAGAGGCUGUUGGUUGCAACUCGCACGGUGCAUUGA